ACAAAAACAACACCAAAAUUAACUUAAAAAACAAAAACUGUGAAUCCGUAUACCCAAACACACGCACGCACACAAAAGCGCCUACCUAGAGUCUGUGCAGGUGUGUUAGUGCUUAGAGAGAGGAGAGCUCGUGUCUGUUUUAUUUUAAUAUUUUUUUCGCACUGUGAAAAAUUUUUUUUUUUUCUUCAACAAAACCAAAAACAUUAAAACAACAACAACAAGCAGAGAAACCAUCAAGCAAGCAAGCAGUUUUUGCACCACUUGACAGAGGUUCCGCCCUCCCCCCUAAACAGCUCCAUAUGCAAAAUGUCUAGUCCUGACGAUAGAAUACCAAUACACGAUCUGCCACCAGAAGCCGGAAGCGAUGAACGAUUGCUGCAUAUAGGGCCGGUCCCAUUAACAUUGGAUUUCAAGCCCCAUCCAGCGGUGGAUAUCGAUCAGCAGAUCAUGGAGCUCAAAAAGAAUCAGGAACUGCAGAAGCAACGUCUGAUCCACACGUUUCAGGAGCAAUCGAAGCAAAUGGAAUUGGAGCAUAAACUGCAAUUGGAGCACAAGUAUCAAUUUGCGGUGCACUCCCAUGGAGCCUUCCAGGAAUUGCGGGAACAGAGCACGUUAACGGUCGCCGCUGCUGCUGCUGCCCAGCAACAACAACAACAACAGCAGCAGCAACAACAGCAACAUCAUCAUCAGCAGCAGCAGCAGCAGCAGCAGCGCGAGCAGCAGCAGCAGCGGGAGCGACGCGAGCGGGAGGUGAUGAAGCGCAAGGAGAUCUGCAGCGCCAAUGCCAGCCCGGAGGUCAAACAGAUCCUCAAUUGCUUCAUUAUGAGCCGCAAGUCGCAGGCAGCAGCCUCCAAUGGAACAACGACAACGUCGCCCUAUCGCAAUCGAGGUGUGGUGAAAAGCUCCUCGGGUGAAUCCCUGCCAGCCGGGACCGUGACCAGUGCGCAUCCCUACAAAAUACCUCAGCCGCCCUCCUCACUGCUCAAAUACGAAUCUGAUUUUCCGCUCAGGAAAACAGCCUCCGAACCGAACCUGCUGAAGAUCCGGCUGAAACAGAGUGUCAUCGAGCGCAAGGCCCGCAUCGUGGGCCCGGCAGGUGCCCGUCGCCACGAGCGACUCCUGCAGGCGGCCCAGCGUAGACAGCAGAAGAACUCCGUUCUUACAAACUGCAACAGCACUCCGGAUUCUGGUCCUAAUUCUCCGCCCUCGUCCACAGGGCUGCCGGUGGGCGUGGUCGGGAGCAGGGGCUCCCCGACGAGUGCACCCAUCCAGGAGGAGAACGAGGAGGGGAGCCAGUACCAGCCGGGGCAGAGGAGCAGCAUCAACGACCUGCCCCUGUUCAGCUCGCCCUCCCUGCCCAACAUAUCCCUGGGACGACCGCAUUUACCAAACUCCGCCCAGGUGCAGGCGCAGGCCCAGGCCCAGGCGCAGGCGAGUGCACAGGCCCAGGCGCAGGCACAGGCCACUGCGCAGGCGAUGUUCGCGGCACUGCACCAGAACUACUACAAUCCGCUGGGCAUGUCCUUUGUGGGACGGCAGCCGACUGGGUCGCUGGCCAUGAUGCCGGCCACGGGCAUCGCGCCCCAGCAGCCCUCGCCGGUGGUUAGGUCCGCUUCGGCGACGUCCACGUCCUCGUCCCAGGCCUCCCUGGUGGGGGAUGUGGCUCCGCCGCAGGCGCACGCCGCCUCCACCAUUCUGCCCUCGUCCUCGUCCUACAUGCAGCAGCUGGGCGGCGUGAACGCCGGCUCUGCGGUCAAUCUGCAUGCCGCCGCCGUGGCUGCAGCAGCGGCUGCGGCAGCGGCAGCAGCAGCCGGCUCCCUGCCCCCCACCAACAGCCACGGCCACGGGCAUGGCUAUGGGCACGGUCACGGCCAUGGGCAUGCACAUGGACAUGCUGGACAUGCCCUGUACGGCGGACACCAGCACAAUACGCCCAUCACGGAUGCGCAGGUGGCCCAGGUGCAUCUGCACAAGCAGGGCCACCGGCCCUUGGGCAGGACACAGUCGGCCCCCUUGCCCCUGGGACAUCCGAUGCUGACGGGCGCCGGGCAGCUGAAUGUGGCCCAAACGCACUACGAGAACAGCGAGGCGGAGCGGCAGGCGUACCAGCAUCAGGUGCUCACCCAGAAGCUGCGCCAGACCGUGCUCACCCGCAGCGGGGCGGCAGCGGCCGCCGGAGUGCGCGAGUCCCAGCUGAAGGAGGAGGAGGACGACUCCGCUGCGGAGGUGAUGGACCUGACCGAUAAGAAGAAGCCGCCCAAAACGGUGCUGACCAGCACCAUAGCCACCAGCACCUCACAGAGUCUGCCCGAGGCUCUGGCCGCAGCAGCGGCAGCCGCAGUCUAUCGCACGGCCCCCUCAGCCGCCACUGCGUCCUCAGCAGCGGUGGCAGGCGGGAACGGAAGCGGAAACGGCAGCGGGAACGGGACCGGGACCGGGACCGGGACGAAGGGCAACAAACUACAGCGGGACCAGGAGUACCUGCAGCAGCAGCGGGAGCUGCUCCUGCUGCAGGAGGAGGAGAUGGGCAAGGGCCUGAUGCGGCCCCUCUCUCGGACGCUGAGCAGUCCGCUGGUGCCACUCGGUCCGCACGGCCUUAGCCAGCUGGCAGACACGGGGCAGGGGCAUGGGCAGCAUCCGCCGCCGAUAGCCACCUCCUCGUCGGCGGACCACAUACCGCCAGUCAACCUGACGCUGCCCCAUCGUCAGCACCGACAGUUCAUGGGACAAUUCUACGCCGCCCAGCUCAAGCAGCAACAGCACCUGCAACAGACGCCGCCGUCCGCCUCAUUGCCCCCGCACAAAAUCACCACAGGCCUGGCCUACGACCCGCUGAUGCUGAAGCACUCGUGCAUCUGCGGCGACAACGCCCAGCAUCCGGAGCACAGCGGUCGGCUGCAGAGCGUGUGGGCCCGGCUGAACGAGACGGAUCUGGUGAAGCGCUGCGAUCGGCUGCGGGCCCGCAAGGCCACCCAGGAGGAGCUUCAGACAGUGCAUACGGAGGCGCAUGCCAUGCUCUUCGGCUCCAACCAGUGCCAGCUGACGCGACCCAAGCUGGAAACCACGCUGGCCGCCAGCUUCGUCCGCCUCUCGUGCGGGGGGCUGGGCGUGGAUCUGGACACCACGUGGAAUGAGCAUCACACGGCCACCGCCGCCCGCAUGGCCGCUGGCUGUGUCAUCGAUCUGGCCUUCAAGACGGCCAAGGGAGAUCUGCGCAACGGCUUCGCCGUCGUCCGUCCGCCCGGCCACCACGCGGAGGCCAAUCUGGCCAUGGGCUUCUGCUUCUUCAACUCGAUCGCCAUCGCAGCGAAACGGCUGCGCCAGCAGAUGCCCGAGAUGCGGCGCAUUCUCAUUGUCGAUUGGGAUGUACACCACGGCAAUGGCACUCAGCAAGCAUUCUACCAAAGUCCCGACAUUCUAUAUCUUUCCAUACAUCGACACGAUGACGGUAACUUCUUUCCCGGCACAGGCGGACCCACAGAGUGCGGCUCCGGUGCUGGUCUCGGCUUCAAUGUGAACAUCUCGUGGUCCGGGGCUUUGAACCCGCCGCUGGGCGAUGCCGAGUAUAUCGCUGCAUUCCGUACCGUUGUGAUGCCCAUCGCCAAGUCCUUCAACCCGGACAUUGUGCUCGUCUCGUCCGGCUUCGAUGCGGCCACCGGCCACCCGGCACCUCUGGGCGGUUACCACGUGUCGCCCGCCUGCUUCGGCUUCAUGACCCGCGAGCUCCUCCAGCUGGCCAACGGCAAGGUGGUACUGGCCCUCGAGGGUGGCUACGACCUGGCCGCCAUCUGUGAUUCCGCCCAAGAGUGCGUCCGAGCUCUGCUCGGCGAUCCCGCCGCGCCAAUUUCCCAGUCCGAGCUGGAACGACCGCCCUGCCAGAAUGCCAUCAAUACGCUCCAGAAAACGAUAGCCAUACAGCAAACGCAUUGGCCCUGCGUGAGGUUGCUGGAGCAUACCGUCGGCCUGUCUGCGCUAGAGACGCUCAAGGUGGAGCACGAUGAAUCUGAGACGAUCAACGCCAUGGCCGGCCUCUCCAUGCAAUCGAUGCACAGAACCCUGUCGCGCGAUGACUCCGAAGAGCCGAUGGAUCAGGAUGAAACAAAAUAGUCAGCGGCGGAGUCGUGGACGUGGAUACUUGGAUGCGGAUACUUGGAUGUGGACGGCGUGGGCAUGGCUGCUGCAACAUGCUGCUCAAUGCACAUUUAGUUAUUUGUUGUAGUUGAAUUGAUUGUUGUUGCUGUUGUUGAAUUGUUGUAGCGCUUCUCGUUGUGGCCAGCAGUGUCUCUGUCUCUGUCUAAGUCACGCCCCGUAACUCUAUCUCUCUCUAAGUUAGAACGACAUCCCUCUCCCUCUAGUAAAAAGAACCGAAAGCACAAGGCAACGCAACAAGCCGUAGGUUUACCGCCACAGCACACCCCUCCCAUCCCCCAGCACCCAGCACCCAGCACCCGAUACCCAACACCCGAUAGCGUAGGAAAGAAAAAGCAAAGAAUUGAUCAACGAAUGUGAGCUAAAUGUGAGAAGAAUGCAGGAAAGCGGAAGCGGAAAUAAGGCCUAAAGUUCAAAAUGGUGGCUGUGCCACCCAAAACAAACAAACAAAAAAGAAUGUGAAAAGGAAAAGCAAACCAUAAAACAUGUAAAUCUGAGGGAUGAAAAAUAUAUGUGUGUAGAAAGCAUAUUGAAUAUUGAAUUUAGUUUAGUAGAUUUCUUAGUUAUUGUUACUUUUAGUUUGAAGGACGAAAGAGAGAGAGCGAGAGAGAGAACCUAUUCCUAUUCCUAUAUUUUUUUUGCAUUUUUUUUUUAGAUGAUUUUUUUUUCUUUAAAUUAGAGUGCGGAGGGUGCGUCGAGGGUAGGCACACACACACACACACACACACACACACACGC